AUGUCUGGGGGAAAUUCACCCCCGCUCAUCAGCACUCCCGGCCCGUCUCACAAGGGACGACAGGUGAUGCCUCAAUCAAGCAGAUACCAACCAACGCCAGCAGCUCGUAUAGGCUCGAUGGGACUCGGGACGGACAGUCUGCCCGGGCCUUCGGUCGCGGCCCAGAGGACUCUGAGGAUCGAACCGGAGGAAGAUAACCUUCCUUCGUUGACCGAUCCCUCUGGGCCCUCUCGGCCGCGGAAGAAGGCCAGGUCCGAGUCUGACCGAGGCUCAUCGAGCGAUAAGGACAAGCGUCCCAGACUAGGCCCUUCCUCCAGAUCGGAGGGGGAGGAUAGUUCGACCACGUCCUCGGCUCAUUCCUCGACAGAAUCAGUCACUCCCUCCUCGUCCAGAUCUUCGUCCCCCUCUGGGAGUCCAAUCCCAGCUAAACCCAUUCCGAAACCUAGGGCUCCCGCCAGGACAGGGAUAGCCCUAAGGCAACAACGAUCCCCUCCUCGUUCUCCCUCCCCAACGCUUUCCCCUAUCCCGGUAGACUCAACCCGAGGUGCCCCCGCCCUAAGCGGCACGGCGGGUAACCUGGAUUCGACCAGGUAUAUGGACCUCGAGUCUACCAGACCACACGUCCCAAAGCCCAAUCCCACUCCUUCUACCUCCUAUGCUGCCAUGGCAGCUAGGCCAGGUGUUCCCACCACCCAGAGGACUUCCCAAUCCUCACAAAUUCCUCCCCCGAGGCCGAAGGGUCGUGCCCAGGAGGUACUGCGCCGACACCCGCCAAUUAUGGUGGAGGCCCUUCCAAAUUGGUCCCGCCACAUGGCGGCCAUUAGGGAGCGCCUAGGCCGCGCCCCCUCGGCGCGACCCUUCGGCGCCGGUUUUAGAUUUCUGCCGACGUCGUCACGUACGACCAAAAUAGAAGUAUUUGAUGAAAAUCAGAGUAAAGAAAAUAAGGAAAAACGCUGUUCUGAUUUAUUGCUCGACGCGAUGAACUGA